AUGGCAGGUAACGAAGGUGAGAAGAGUCCCCAGGAUUUUGCUGACUGUGUCAGUCAAGAGCAACUACGAACUCUCCAAGAAAAUACUCAAAAGGGUAUCACGGAGGCCGUUGCAAAGUCUGUCCAAGAUGCCUUCACUAAAAUCGGUUUCCUGAACCACAUGGAGAGGUUGGACAAGCGGAUAUCCACGCUAACUGAUCGGGUUGCCGCGUUGGAGACACCUUCCAAUGAGGAAGUGAGUGGUGACGACGAUGCUCAUCCUGAAGACACGGUGUAUGAUUCGAGUGGCUAUAUUGACGGACCAGCUACAAGGCAAGCACGGCUACGACGUCGCCUAGGCACAAACCGCACAGUAGAACAAAAGUUUAAUGCCCACCUUGUACCUGAGCAACAUAGAGUUAGACAAGUCAGUAGUGAGUUCAAGGAUUUUACUAUCAUGUGGUGGGCUGGGUUAUCUGAUGAGGGGGUACUACCUACUACUUGGGAAGAACUUAAGGUAGCUAUGCGCGAUAGGUUUGUUCCUCCAUCUUAUCAUAGAGACUUACGCAAGAAAUUGAUGCGUUUGGAACAAGGGGAUAAAUCUGUACAGGAUUACUAUGGUGAGCUACAAAAGGGUGUCAGACGCUGUGGCAUAGUGGAGGGGGUCGAGGAUGCUAUUUGUCGUUUUUAUUCUGGUUUGAGGGAGGAAAUUCAGAACAUUGUUGAUUGUAAGGAAUUUAACUCUGUCAACCAGUUGUUUCAGUUUGCUAUACUUGCAGAGAAGGAAUUGCAGGGGCGUGAGCAGCAGGGCAAGAACAAGGCGAGCAUGUACACUCUGUGCACGACGCCAUCUGUGGGACUGCCCAAGGCCGUCUCUUUUCGGGCGCUGUCCCAGCCAGUGAGCAAGCGACCAGCUGCAUUCGGAGCUUCUGCAACACCAAAACCAUCUCCACCACGACCAGCAGAGUCAGGUAAAAGUUCUUCGCAGGUACCCGCCAAGAGUGCCUCAUCUGUUGCCUCGACGGGACGCAUUCAGUGCCACCGUUGCCAAGGGUUUGGGCAUGUGCAGAAAGAUUGCCCUAGUCAACGGGCAUAUGUUGUUACAGAAGAUGGCUACAUCACCACCUCCGAUGUGGAAGAGGAAGAGGAGGAAGAAGAAGUUGAGGAUGAGGAUGGCGAAGUCUUUGGUCGUGAUGACACAAUGGCCUACAGGACCAUCAUUGUGCAGCGGGUGCUCAGCACGCAGGUGCAGCAGUCUGAGAGGUUGCAAUGCCAUAAUUUGUUUCAGAUUUUCUUCAUCAUCAACAAUCGUCGUGCACGUGUGAUCAUUGAUGGAGAUUCUGUUGAUUGUGAUGUGGUUCCUAUGCAAGCUUGUUCACUUUUGUUGGGUCGUCCUUGGGAACAUGAUAAUGAUGCUACACACCAUGAAGCUGAUAAAGAACGAGCUGCUAGUUUGAAACUUGAUGAAUCUGAAAAUCAGCAAGUGGCUAAAUCUGUUUUUCCACCUAAAAAGGAUAAGCUUUCACCUAGUUCUAAGGAGUAUGAGGAUGUAUUUCCAGCUGAGAUACCCCCGGGAUUGCCACCUAUGAGAGGGAUAGAGCAUCAAAUUGAUUUGAUUCCAGGAGCAUCAUUGCCAAACCGUGCUGCUUAUCGAACCAACCCAGAGGAGACUAAGGAAAUUCAGCGACAAGUUCAAGAUCUUUUGGACCGUGGCAAGUCUUUGGAUGAACACAUGGAUCAUUUACGUGCUGUUUUUAAUGCUCUACGCGAUGCACGUUUGUUUGCUAACCUUGAAAAGUGCAUCUUUUGCACGGAACGAGUUUCAUUUCUUGGAUAUAUUGUUACUCCACAGGGAAUUGAGGUGGAUGAGAUGAAAAUUAAAGCCAUAAAGAGUUGGCCGGUUCCCCAAACCAUCACACAGGUGAGGAGUUUUCUUGGUCUUGCAGGAUUCUAUCAUCGUUUCGUCAAAGAUUUUAGUACCUUUGCUGCACCAUUGAAUGAGUUGACGAAGAAAGGGGUGGUCUUCCAUUGGGGAAAGACACAGGAGAAGUUGUUUGACACUUUGAAGGACAAGCUUACACACGCACCAUUGCUACAACUUCCAAACUUUGGUAAGACUUUUGAGUUAGAAUGUGAUGCUAGUGGAGUUGGCAUUGGAGGUGUGUUGAUGCAAGAUGGUAAGCCUCUUGCAUAUUUUAGCAAGAAGUUGCAUGGUCCUGUUUUGAAUUAUUCCACGUAUGAUAAGGAAUUGUAUGCUCUUGAAGCGCAUGGAGGAGGGUUGAUGGGACAUUUUGGAGCUAAGAAGACGAAAGAUGUUUUGGCCUUACAUUUCUUUUGGCCAAGGAUGAGAAAAGAUGUUGAGAGAUAUUUCUAUGGACUUUGUUUUGGGAUUGCCUAG